AUGGCUUCAUCCCUCAAGAUUUUGGAUUCUGCCUGUCUUCUAAAGAAAUAUCACUGGCAAAAUGGCUUGUGUGCCUUGUUUAGACCUCUUGUUGAUAGUUGCAAUCUAAAAUGGUACAGUAGCUACAGGAGACCAGGGACACCUCCUGACAGAACCCCGCCUUGGAAGAAAAUAGACUUCAGCUUUCAGAAGGGAGUGGAAGGAAUCAAGACACAUUUUGGACGAUUAGUGAAAGAAGUAACUGAUCACGUGAAAGGGCCUGAGGGACGUCCACUAAAGCAAUACAUGCUGGAACAGACAAGAGUGAUUUGGGAGUUUCGUAGUCAAGAAGACUUGGAUAAAUGGGUAAUCUCAUCUGAUGUUGAAAUUGGAGGGAAAAGUGAAAUCUAUAUGCAGCUGGGUAAGAAUAACCAGUCUGCUCUGUUGUAUGGGAACAUCAAUACUACAGUACCUCGUGAUGGUGAGACCAGGUACAGUGGUUACUGCUCCAUGAGAUCUAAACCUCGACUGGUGAGUAUAUAGUAUAGUAAUAGUCAUUUUGCUUCAAACUAGGAGGAGUGGAAUUAGUUUUUAGUGAUGAAAGCUCUUUAUAUAUAGAGAGAGUGUGUGUGUGUGUUACAAAAGUACAGUGAUACCUCGGGAUGCGAACGGGAUCUGUUCCGGAGCCUCGUUCGCGUCCUGAAGCAAAUGCAACUCGCGUGUGCGCGGGUUGUGUUUCUCCGCGCAUGCGUGUGACGUCAUUUUGACCGUCUGCGCAUGCGCACGCGGUGAAACCUGGAAGUAAUGCACUCCGUUACUUCCAGGUCACCGCGGAGCGCAACCCGAAAAUACUUAACUUGAAGCACAUUUAUCCCGAGGUAUGACUGUACAUACAUUGUCUCUAUUUUCAGAUCAUAAAGUCCUUUCUACAGAUCAGUUAUAUUUGAUAUAAAACAUUACUGUUGUAUCUAGUGCAGUCGCUUUGUGAGUCGACCGUUUUGGCUCCCGAAUGCCACAAACCCGGAAGUGAGUGUUCUGGUUUGUGAAUGUUCUUUGGAACCCGAACAUCCAACUGUAUAAGGUAGGCAAGUCCAAAGUCCAUUUCAGGGGUUUGAUCGGUUUAAUCUGGCCCCUGUGGCAGUUUAUUUCCUGGGGUAAAAAUCCUUUAAAAAACCCUCAACAACUUUAACCCUAAAAAAAGUCAACAACUUUGGUCGGCCCUCACGGCCCUUCACUUCAUCAAAUCUGGCCCUCUUUGAAAAAAGUCUGGACACCACUGGUAUAAGGGGAGGGUAUAAAUCUGAGAUACAAAGAAUAGUAUGUUUGAGGCAUGAAAUUCAGUCACGCAAAUUACAUGGAUAGUGAGUAAAGCAUAAGGCAUAAAGCAUGAUUUCCUCAAAGCCUUUACCUACUAAUUUGUAAUUAUGUGCUUCUUAAAUAAAACUAAAUGUAAAUACUUUAAAACAUGAUCUUAAAUGUGAAUUUGUAAUGUAAUUUUAUCUUCCCUUCCAAAAUCUGGUAAAAUUGUAUAUAUUUAUUUAACUUUCUGGAAGAACUAAAGUUCAUUAACAAUACAAUAAAAGUGUGUAAACGUGUUCAGAAUACACUGAGGCAGCUUAGUUGGGAUGGGGAAGUCAAGUUUGACUCAGUGGAAGGCUUAGAACAGAGCUUUUCAAAUUGUGUGUUGCGACACGUUAGUGUGUUGGCCGCAGUGUACAGAUGUGUCAUGCAAAAAUUCUCCCCACGCUCCUCCUGGGGCUGGGAAUGGGUUAGUUUGCUAGUAAAACUGAAUUACUAUGUCACGAAAUGAUGCAUGUCUGAAAAAUGUGUCACCAACAUGAGAAGUUUGGAAAGCUCUGGCUUAGAGCAAUAUCUUGUAUUUUGGUAGGUGGCUUUUGAUCGAAAGAAGCCUUAUGAUUGGUCAAAUUUCAAUACCCUGGUCCUGCGUGUUCGUGGUGAUGGUAGACCCUGGAUGAUAAACAUCUAUACAGACCCAUACUUCUCUCAUCAGAAGGAUGACAUAUAUAAUUACUUCAUGUUCACACGUGGGGGCCCGUAUUGGGAGGAAAUCAAGGUAAUACAAUGAGUAUUUCCAUAAGUGUGUAAAAAAUGUAUUACUUGUCAUGUGGAAAAUAAGCAACUGAAGGACCUCUGGCUUACCAGUAAUAGUUGUCCAAAAUUCAAUAGACAUGGGCUGUUAUUAAAAACAUUUUAUCCCACUAUUCAGCCAAAAAAAGGUUCCCAGAGUGAGUUACAGGUACUCUCACAAUCCAAGAGACAACACAAAAGGAAAAGGAAUAAAAAGCGGGAAAGCAAGCUCAGGCUAUAGAGUUCUUGUAGGGAUUAGCUGGAAUGGAAAGAUGUAAAGAGAAAAAGUCAAAAGUUCCAGCUUUUUCACCAAAACCUAUGGAAACUAUCCUGCAGUUCCAUCUUUCCCACUUAUAUAGUCUGAUAGAAUGGUUGUAAAUAAUGAUAGUUGAGGAAGCUGGUCUCUCAGCAGACCUGAGAAAGAGGCCCUACAGUCCCAUCUGUCCCUCUUCUGUAGUUUAAAGGAAAUGUAAGCUGACAAAAUAUUUAUCUAAAUCAAAUAAUAUGUAGGGUAUAGAAAAUAAGUCCAAAUGGAUGUUUUUAGGCUUUACAAACUUAAACAUGUAGAAGGAAUAAUUAUAAAUGUGAAAAACAGAAUGAUUUUAUGGGUACCCCCACACCGGUUUCAGGCUUUAAAGUUUUAAGCGUUUGAGAGAUAAGUGGAAACCCAUAGAAGGCUGCUGAAGGUAAAUGGAGGCAGUUUCUAGAUAAAUAAACUCAAAGUUGUGAGGACGGCUAGUCAAGGUGCUGGGAUUUGAUAGUCGGCUGGAUGAGGGCCAGUAAAUGAGGCGGAAACCUGACAAGAUGGAGGUUCUGUAAGUAGCUGGUUUGUGUCUAGGAAUUAGGUGUAUAAUUUAUACAUGAGGUUGCACCCACCCUGAAAGAACUGGUUUUCUGUAGUUUCCAUUCAUUUUUGCAGCAGGUCUAUAUCUAUUUAGCUAGGUAUUUUAAUGUUGGCAUUUUAGUCUUCUCUUACUGUUUUUGGUUAUUUCUUACUGUUUUACGAUGUUUUCUGGUUUUGUGGUAUGCUUAAAUUUGUUUAUACCUAUUUGUAUCGUGCCCUAGUACCUGUAUGGAUUAAGGGCAGUCUACACAUGCGGGUGGCGCUGUGGUCUAAACCACAGAGCCUUGGGCUUGCCAAUCAGAAUGUUGGUGGUUCGAAUCCCUGCGACAGGGUGAGCUCCUGUUGCUCUGUCUCAGCUCCUGCCACCCUAGCAGUUCAAAAGCACACCAAAAGUGCAAGUAGAUAAAUAGGGGGAAGGUAAAUGGCGUUUCCAUGCGCUGCUCUGGUUCUCCAGAAGCGGCUUAGUCAUGACCCGGAAAACUGUCUGCGGACAAACGCUGGCUCCCUCAGCCUAUAGAGCGAGAUGAACGCGCAACCUCAGAGUCGUCCACGACUGGACCUAAUGAUCAGGGGUACCUUUACCUUACAAAUUUUUAAAAUAAUAAUAGCUAAUUAAGCAUAUAGAUAGCCUAUACACAAUUGUAUCUUCUUUGCAGACUUCAGCAAACUAUUGACAAGGCUAUUUUGGGAGAUACGUAUUUGGCACAGGAGUGACUGUGGUCACAUGGAGUUGUAUUUUAAGAAUUAUUGCUUUCAGUUAUUUCUCUCCUAAUUUGCAGGCUAAGCAUUGUGAAACUAUAACAGCGCUUGCAUAGUUAAUAGUAAUAUGGUUUUAAAAAACGAAGCUUUAUUGAAAAGUAUUCUGCUACUACUGAACACCAAUCAUGAAUGCAGCAUUAUUCUGUUGAGUUUAUAUAGUGUUGAAAAUAUCAAGUGUUAAUAUGUGUCUUUGUCACGCAGAUUUCCAUUUACCUGUGCUAAUUCCUCCUAGACAGAUAGCUUGACCAAUCCUUCAUUCUAGCGGCCCCAUAACUUAUUUUGUUCUUUUAAAGAUCUUCCUGUUCUUGUACGUAACUGUGCUUUCAGUUCUAAUCAGUUGAGAGAAUGCUGCAUUAUCCACAAGUGACAGGGAUUAUAAAUAGUAAUGGGUAGGAAAAAACUUAGCUACAUAGCCAUUCCAGUUUGAGUACACACACAUACAUACAUACAUAUAUAUAUAUAUAUAUAUAUAUAUAUAUAUAUAUAUAUACACCUGCUUUGUAUUCAGAGCCAGCGCCACUAUGAAAAUCACAAUAUGAAAUUAUGAGCUGCAUGAAGGCACUUGCUACCAGUUACCUAAAAUAUGCGUGCUUCUGACUAAAGGGAGACGGGGGAGGUUAUUGUUGUUGUUUUAAGUAUUUACUUGUGUUUUUAUCUUGUAUUUUAUUCUGUGAACAGCCCUGAGAUCUUGUGAAGAGCAGUAUAUAAAUUUAAUAAACAAUAAUAACAAAUAAUUUCUUAUUGGCAGAUUCCGUUUUCUAAGUUCUUUUUUACAAGCCGGGGGAGAAUCCAGGAUAACCAACAUGCACUCUGGUUAGAUAAGGUAAAUAUUCUUGCACUUAAAUCUGCAAGAUUUUAACUACAUGGUCCAAUGAAACAAGUCCGCAAAUUGUGUGCUGAUGGUGCUCUUUCGGAAUUUCCCUCCAUAUCCCAUCCUCUUUAGACUAAUUGUGAACUGCAAAGAACUUUUGAACUGCAGAACACCCCUGCUCUACAGAGACAAAUGACAAAAUCUUUCAGUGCUUUAUACAAAUUCCAUGUUUGAAACCUGCACUUAGCUCUUGGCUAACUUGUAGAGCUGCCCUGUUGCUCUCCAAGAAAAGUGCAGGGAGCUUAUGCACUGACCAGUGCCAAGUCCUUUAAGUACCUUCCCAGUGAAGGCCUAUAGCAGAACCAGUGAUUGAAAAGUCCCAGGAGGGCUGUACCUGAACUAGAGUACGUGAUGAGAGGAACUCUUCUCAUAUGGGUCCUUCUUUCCUGUUGGAAUCUCUGCUGUAGAAUCAGAAGAGAAGGCAAAGCUGGAGGACCAAACGUAGGGUUUGGCUUGGAGUUUGUUGUAGUUUUAGUGACUGUUGAUGUGUGCAGUGAAGCAAUACCGGUCUGUGUUGAAAUUGUCCUGUUUCUAACCUAUGUUAGCAUCUCAGCCAAGGCUAUUUGCCAUACAUUUGUAUACCUUCUUGUUACCAAUAAACCAAGACCAGUUUUCUGAUGUGUUUAUAAACUGUGAAUGGAUCUUUGCAGAGAAGUGUUCUGGCCUCCACAAGUCUAUGUUAAUUCGAGGAAUAAUUUGGAAAAUGCCAUUACCAAUUAUGCGUUGUUGUUGUUUUUAAACAGAUCAGUACCUUAGGAUUCACCAUAGCUGACCAAGUAAAUGGUCCAUUUCAGCUGGAGAUUGACUUCAUUGGAUUGUUCUGUGAUGCAGCCCAUACAGAGGAAACUGCCUAUGAGCUAUAUGAAAGAAAUCCCAAGAAUCCCAAGAAGUAG